GCCCUCUCGAACAUCUUUUUAAGAGGUAAAGAUGGCUACUUUGUCAAGUUUACUUCCAAAACCACAAAAGCAGAUUGAUCGGCCAAAGCAGACCAACAAAAAUGAACAGCAAUUCAAUCAAUUGAUCAGCCAGAGAGCAGGUCACGAAAUACCUCCCUAUGGCCAAAGACAAGGGUUCAAGCCACGAACUCAAGAAGAUUUUGGAAAUGGAGGCGCUUUCCCCGAAGUUCACAUUGCACAAUACCCACUUGACAUGGGCCGCAAGCAGGAUGGAAGAGCUAACGCCAAUGCAGGAGCUUUGACUCUACAAGUUGAUGCAGAAGGAAAAGUAAAAUACGACGCUAUUGCACGACAAGGACACGGUCAAGAUCGUGUUGUCCAUUCACAAUUCAAAGAUUUAGUCCCGUUAAAUGAGCGAAAGGAUAUCGAUGUUGAGAAGUUGGUUAUGGACAGACCAAGCGAAGAAGAAGUACAAAGCGUUGCAGAAAAGACUCGAGCCGCUCUGGAGAAGAUUGUGAGCGGCAAGAUAUCAGCAGCAAAGCCUAAAAAUAUUGUUCAAAACACCGGCGCCAAUACAAACAAAGCACCCACCUACAUUCGAUAUACACCUGGUCAAGGUGCUGGUGAUGGUCAUAACUCAGGCGCUAAGCAACGCAUCAUCCGUAUGGUCGACGCUCCUGUAGAUCCAAUGGAACCACCUCAAUUUAAACACAAAAAGAUUCCAAAGGGCCCAGGUUCACCACCCGCUCCCGUCUUGCACUCUCCACCUCGUAAAUUAACCGCCAAAGAACAAGCAGAAUGGGUUAUCCCGCCAUCUAUAUCUAACUGGAAAAACACCAAGGGUUAUACCAUUCCAUUGGAUAAGCGACUUGCUGCAGACGGACGCGGUCUUCAGGAAGUGACCAUUAAUGAUAAUUUCGCAAAGUUUGCCGAAGCUCUGUAUGCCGCCGACCGACAUGCUCGUGAAGAAGUCAGACAACGAAAUUUGAUGCAGCAAAAGCUUGCACAAAAGCAAAAGGAGUCAGAGGAGGAUAAGCUGAGAGCUUUGGCUCAAAAGGCCAGAGAAGAGAGAGCUGGUUUGACGUCCGCAGCAAGCGGCAGUUCAUCAGCUAUGCCAUCCGCACCUUCAAACAGACCCACUGCAGCAUCCAUGAACAUAGAUUAUGCAUCAUCAAGUGGAUCUGAUAGUGAAGCAAGCGAAGAUGAAGGGGAUGAUGCACAAAAGGUCAGAGAACGUGAGGAGCUCCGAAGAGAGAGACAAAAGCAACGAGAACGUGAAUUGCGUAUGAGCAAGAUGGGCACUGAGGCCCGAGCGAAGCAUUUGGCCAGAGAACAAGGCCGUGAUAUCUCAGAGAAGAUCGCACUUGGUUUGGCCAAACCAACUAUGAGCAAGGAAAGCAUGUUUGAUUCUCGACUCUUCAAUCAAUCUGAGGGUAUCAGCUCUGGCUUCCGUGGUGGUGAUGAUGAAGCAUACAAUCUUUACGACAAGAAACUGUUUGCUGGCGGAUCUUCUUCAAUCUACCGUCCCAAAAUGGGAGCUGACAAUGAUUACGCUAACGCUGAACAACUGGAAGAAGCCAUCGGUCAAGACAAGUUUGGACUUGGAAACCGUGGAUUCAAAGGCACAGAUGGUGGCCAAGAUGUUCGGGGCAGCGGGCCUGUCGAGUUCGAAAAGGAACAAUUGUCAGCUGCGCAGAAGAAAAAACCUGAAGGCGAUGUGUUCGGUCUCGACACCUUCUUGAACAAAGCAAAGAAAGGAAAGCGAGGAAAUGAAGAUGAUAUAGAUGAGGAUGAUAGAAAGAAGAGAAGGUGAUCCAUUGUAGUAUGUUGCUGACCGUUCGACUUUCUUCCUGCUUAUGCAGUCGUUAAAUAAAAAGUACAUGCCUCAUGCUUUGUAAUUAUAACAUUUUACACUGUUUAAUGAAAAUUGACAAAUGAUCCUGCUUUUCUAACGUGUUAGGUUAUAAACAUAAAAUGGCUCGGAAUAAGUUUCUUCUCUUUUUUUUUUUCUUUGGUACACGCAAUGUAUGGUUGGUCUGGUACAAUUUUAAUGUAUUCGCACCAUUAUUUCAACCAGCCUGAUCACAUCUUCAACGCUAGUUUCAAGUGGGGUACCCCAUUUGGAGCCAUCGACAACCAGUUGCAUUUGGUCUGAGUUGAAAUCCAAAAAGGUCUCGAUGAGAUCGCCGUCAAUGAAGUUACGACACUCGCCAGUUCGUUGAUCGUUAUAAAAGGUCCUCCAU